UUAAUAUUUUCAUCACUCUAGCUGCUACAUUCUCUGGUUUAACCCAUUGCAGACACAGCGACUCACAGGGCUGUUGGAAGGGCCCGGUGUUUCUCUCCGAAUGGGAAGACAGACAGAAAUCGCCAGUGGUUACAGGGUUGUGUGUGGAAAGGAGUGGCUGGAGGUCUGCGUGGGGAAAUAAUGUGGAAAAGUCCAUCACUCUUACUGAUCCCCGAAGAAGCUUGGAUUGGACUGGGGGCAGGGAAUUGUGCCCGAGAUGGGGCUGGAGGGGAAGAGAAGGGAUUUUCCAGACCUCUGUCCUGCCGUUUCUGCUCAAAGGGAACAGCUCGGGAAGGGAGGCCGGGCUCACCAGGGGAGCGGAGCGCUGCUGCAGCGCGCUUCUGCCGCGCUGGUGCUUGCACCUACUGUGCACUCUUGCUGUUCUGAAUCCCACUGCACGUCCUGGUUGUAUUUUUUACUGUUUUAGGGAAUAUUUAUAAUUUUGCUUGCCUAGGGUAAGAACGAGGCGUCACCUUCACAAAACAUAUGCACACACAUAUAUAUAUAUAUAUACACAUACACAUAUAUAUAUAUGCAUAUAUAUAUAUAUACCUGCCGCGUUCCAAAGUGAAGACUGUCUUUUGAAUCAUGUAGGCACUUCUUUACUUUGACAGAAAAAUACAGAAGAGGACCAAGGGAAAUAAAUUGUUUUUGUUAAAAAAAAAAAAAAAAAAAAAAGAUCGAGCACCUUUAGAGUGCUAUUUCUGGCUAAUGCUUCCAACAUUUUAGCGUCUCUAAUUAGCGGCAGAGAUCCACCCACGUUCAAUAGCAGAAGGUAGGGAGGGAACAUGUUACUUCUCACGGGGAGGUAUUGACUGAGCUCCAUCUAAAUCUGUCAUUUAGUGUGCGGGAUAAGCGUGCGUGUGUGUGUGCAGUCAUGUCUCCAAAGCAGUACGUGCAUAGAUCAUGAGAAGGGUGCUCAAGGCUUGCAAGCAGGUAGAGGUGCCAGUGAGAAACACACGAGGUCUGAAUUUAUUGCCUGGUGGCAAGCAGAGAACCGAAAAAAUCAAUGCCCUCUUCUAUAUCGUGCUCCCGAGAGUGCUCUGCCCGCCCCACUCCCCUCCCCCACCCCCUACCCCCGCCUCCAAAUUUCUGGUUGAUGUCGGGAAAGGGGGAGUGAAAAAAGAGCCCUUCAAGCGUGGGAUACAAAAUUCAUCCUUCCUCCAGCUCCUCUCUUCUCCCAGCAGCUGGACACCCCACCGCCUCCCCCGCCCCCGGCUAUUUCCCUCCUUACAGACAAGUGUCUUUCUCCCGGAGACUGUCCUCCAGCAGAUUUUCUUUCUACCGGCAUUGCCGACCUGGCGUCCUCUCCCCCUCCCGCCCCCCCUGCUGUACACACCGCUUCCUGCCUCGGCCCUCUUAGCACGGGACGGGGUAAUGAACCAAAUCCCAGCCGUUUCUCCCGAAUUGCCUGCCUCUGACGCUGCUGCUACGGGGAUUCUCCCGCACCAGGCUCCUCAGGAAAGUUUCUGUUCAUUCAGACCCCCUUCCCUUUCCAAGUAUAGAGGAUUACGUAGUGGCAGGCUGACCCCCAGGGAGGGGGCUCGGAUGGAGGAAACACCUUUAGAGAUGCAUGCCUGGACCUAACCCUGCGUCAUCGUUCCUGUGUUGAGGGAAAGCUAAGAGAAUGAAGGCUCUAAGUCCCCAGUGGAAGCAUGAUAUGGCGAUGCAGUGCUGGUGCUGAAUUGUUCUCUCUGAUGGCUCUAUGGGAGUGGAUAGCACUGAGUCUUCAUUGCUGGGUUUUAGCGGUUGCUGCUGUUUCGGAUCAGCAUGCCACAAGCCCCUUCGACUGGCUCCUCUCUGAUAAGGGACCCUUCCAUCGCUCACAGGAAUACACAGAUUUUGUGGACAGAAGUCGACAGGGAUUUAGCACAAGAUACAAGAUUUACAGAGAGUUUGGCCGCUGGAAAGUAAACAAUCUUGCUGUUGAAAGAAGAAAUUUCCUUGGCUCCCCACUGCCACUUGCCCCUGAAUUCUUCCGUAACAUAAGGCUAUUAGGACGCCGCCCGACACUUCAACAGAUCACAGAAAACCUUAUCAAGAAGUAUGGGACACACUUCCUACUAUCGGCUACCUUGGGAGGAGAGGAGUCACUCACAAUUUUUGUGGACAAAAGGAAGCUGAGCAAGAGAUCAGAAGGAAGCGAUCCUAGCACCAACAGCUCUGCAGUGACUCUGGAGACUCUGCAUCAGCUUGCAGCCUCCUACUUCAUUGACAGGGACAGCACUCUGCGCAGACUCCACCACAUCCAGAUAGCCUCCACUGCCAUAAAGGUAACAGAAACGCGGACUGGUCCUCUUGGCUGCAGUAACUAUGACAACCUAGAUUCUGUCAGUUCUGUUCUGGUUCAGAGUCCUGAAAAUAAGAUUCAGUUGCAAGGUCUUCAAGUCAUCCUCCCUGAGUAUCUUCAAGAACAUUUUGUCCAGGCAGCUCUGAGCUAUAUUGCCUGCAAUUCAGAGGGGGAGUUCAUCUGCAAGGACAAUGACUGCUGGUGUCAGUGUGGCCCCAAAUUCCCAGAGUGCAACUGUCCCUACAUGGACAUUCAAGCCAUGGAAGAAAAUCUGCUACGUAUAAGUGAAACUUGGAAUGCAUACAACAGUGAAUUUGAAGAAUCUGAUGAAUUCAAAUUAUUUAUGAAGAGGCUGCCCAUGAAUUAUUUCUUGAACACAUCUACUGUAAUGCAUUUGUGGACAAUGGAUUCUAAUUUUCAACGUCGCUACGAGCAACUAGAAAACAGCAUGAAGCAGCUCUUCCUCAAGGCACAGAAAAUUGUUCACAAGCUCUUUGGCCUUAGUAAGAGAUGCCAUAAACAGCCACUCAUCCGCAUGCCAAGGCAGAGAUCUUCCAACUAUUGGCUCAACCGCAUCCAGUCCUUUCUCUACUGCAAUGAAAAUGGCCUCCUGGGGAGCUUUUCUGAAGAGACUCACACAUGCACCUGCCCUAAUGAUCAAGUUGCCUGCCAUGGGUUCCUUCCCUGCACAAUUGGAGAUGGUUCUGCAUGUUUGAGCUGUGCUCCUGACAACCGCACACGUUGUGGGAGCUGCAAUGCUGGAUACAUGCUAAGCCAAGGGAUUUGCAAGCCUGAAGUGGCAGAAUCAACAGAACACUACAUUGGGUUCGAGACUGAUCUUCAAGACUUGGAAAUGAAGUAUUUACUGCAGAAGACAGAUCGGAGAAUUGAGGUCCAUGCAAUUUUCAUCAGCAACGACAUGCGCCUCAACAGCUGGUUUGAUCCUUCCUGGCGCAAGCGGAUGCUCCUUACCCUUAAGAGUAACAAGUACAAAUCUAGCCUGGUUCAUAUGAUACUAGGCCUCUCUCUUCAAAUCUGCCUAACUAAAAACAGCACCUUAGAGCCUGUUCUUGCUGUUUACAUCAACCCUUUUGGGGGCAGCCACUCUGAGAGCUGGUUUAUGCCUGUGAAUGAAAAUAAUUUCCCAGACUGGGAGCGGACUAAGCUGGACUUACCCCUUCAGUGUUAUAACUGGACACUGACUCUGGGCAACAAAUGGAAGACAUUUUUUGAGACAGUACACAUCUAUCUGAGGAGUCGAAUAAAGUCAAAUGGUCCAAAUGGCAAUGAGAGCAUCUACUAUGAACCCCUGGAAUUUAUUGAUCCCUCAAGAAAUCUGGGCUACAUGAAAAUCAAUAACAUCCAAGUGUUUGGCUACAGCAUGCACUUUGACCCAGAAGCAAUUCGAGACUUGAUUUUGCAGCUGGACUACCCCUAUACUCAGGGAUCACAGGACUCGGCACUUUUGCAGCUGUUAGAGAUACGUGAUCGUGUAAAUAAACUCUCUCCACCUGGUCAACGUCGUCUAGACCUCUUCUCUUGCUUGCUCCGUCAUAGACUCAAACUGUCUACCAGUGAAGUGGUGAGGAUUCAAUCUGCUUUGCAGGCAUUUAAUGCCAAAUUGCCAAACACAGUGGAUUAUGACACAACCAAAUUAUGUAGUUAACCAUAAAUGUGAAGCACAACACAAAACCUUGAAGGAGUUUUUACAGUGCUUUUGUGGAACAGUUUAUGUUUGGAAGAGUAAAUUUAAAUUGUCUUCUCAAUAUCUGUCUUAUAUCAGUCAAUACUGUUGGAUGGCAAUUUACACACAUGAACUUGCUGACAAUGAAUAUAUUAUACCUGCAGUUUUGGUUUAUGAAUGAAAUAAAUACUGACACCAGUCUAGAAGACAUUCUACUUUUUACAAUAAAUUUCAUUUGUAAUUUUAUAUGUUCCGUGCCAAUGCUUUUGUGCAUUACAUCCUUUAGAGGGAACAUAGAAGGAUACCAAUAAAAUUUUGUAGCUGAACAGUUAUUAAAAAGAAACGCUGUGGGAUUCUUUCUUCUUACACAAAAGUAGUAACCUUGAUAUACUUUUGUGUGUUGAACACGGGUUGUAGGUAAAUAAAAGAUAGUGACUUAUGGUUUUAAAAGAAACCACAGAAAAGUCAAAACUAUGGAAUAUUAUAUUAUUAGGAUAUGAAUCUAAAUGUUCAUGCUGAGCUGACAUGACAACUGUAGUGAUGCUUUAUUUGCUACACUUCUGAGACUUGAAAAGGUUUCAAGUUGCUUAACAUGACAUACAGACUCCCAGAGUGGCAAUAUUGAGGGUUUUAGGAUGGUCAGGAUGUUAGUUAGUAUUGUGAGAUGCACAGUAAUAAAAGGUUGCAUUAGCUCAAUAGCAGACAGGUGAGAGCCUGCCUGUGAAAUUGAUAUUACUCACCUACAAGAGACAAUCAUUUCCAGAAAAAGACCUGUUCAGAAGUCUCCAUAAUCCUUUGCUUUGACUAUGUGUUUUGUAUAGUUCUGGAAAGAAGAAAUAGUAAACCCUAUGUAUAUAUUGUCCCUUCCCCCAUGUACACACAUAUUAGAAUUAAUAUAGAAUUAUCUAUUUUCAACUACUUACCUAAAUAUCAUCCAUGCUGACACGCUUCAAGUUCAACCAAAAAAAUUCUCUAACAAUACAAGUGUUUAAUAAGUGGAUUUUUUUGUCUUAUGUACAAAUAAUAAACUUUCAGUGCAAGAUUUUUCAAUUUUAAAUAACACACUCUUUUACAUAUACAUGGAAGUUUUUGAAUCUAGUUUAAAAAGCAGAAGGGGAAAAUAAAUGUAAUUAUCUAUUAAUGAAAUGAAUUAACUAUGGUGCAUACUUGUGGAUCAGAAUUAAGUUCUUUGAUAUUUUAAACAUUAAAAAAAAAAAAAAA